CGAUUGCAUGCAUUUCGUUGUUAAUGCGUUACGAUUUUAAUGAUGGGUUCCAAAUAAUUCUACGAUAUUUCUGUACAGAAACGACCAACGUUACCUGUUAGCCACGUGCUGUAGAGUGAAGAAUAAUAUCCUGACUGUGGUAGCCUGACCCUUAGACUGACAUCAAUGAUGGAUAGUGAUGAUGAGAAGGAGGCGUUUGAGGUCACUGAUUAUGACCUGGCUAACGAGUUCAAUAUUAAUAGACCACAAGGAAGGCAGACUAAAGCUCAAGCCAUCUAUGGUAUGUGGGCCCAGGAUAGCGAUGAUGAGAACGAACGAACAGGAUUUGGAGGAGGAUCACGAAAAGGAGGAGGAUUUGAUCCUCUAGGAGAUAUGGGCUUCAUCAGCAGAGGGUUCAAAGGUGACAAGAAAGAGGAUGACGGAGAGGGGGAUGAGAAAGAUCCUGAACCUUCUACGAGUAAAGCAUCUAAAACCCAGGCCCAGAGAAGACACGCUAAGCUUAUGAAAACAGACAAGGACUUUGCCAAAUGGCAGAAACAUACCUCAGGAUUUGGAGAAAAGCUUUUGAUACAGAUGGGAUAUAUACCAGGCAAAGGUGUAGGUAAAUUUAACCAAGGUAUAGUACGCCCUGUGGAGGCCACCAAGCAUAAAGGCAAAGGUGCUAUUGGCCAUGGUCGACCGCUACGACAGACCAUCGUCUCCGAUGACGAGAUCGACGAUGAAGAGAUCGCUAGAAAGCUUGGUGAACCUGCCCCAGUCAAAGGGACAUCCAAAUGGAAGAAGAAUGAUCAGGUCAAAGGUCAGAAGACCUAUGUAUACAAGACAGUGGAUGAGGUUAAAAGGACGGGCGUAUCUAAGAAACAACCCAAGUCUCUCCCAAACCAGCAUCUAACUAAGGUCAAAGUGAUUGACAUGACCGGCCCGGAACAGCGUGUUCUCUCUGGGUACUCCGAGAUCUCCAAAGGGCACGAUAAACCAGUAGAAACAUUUGAGACCCUCGAGGCGGGGAAGAAGGUGUUUGAGAUGCCAGAGUUGAUGCACAACUUGGAUAUUCUAGUUGAGAUGGCCGAGCAGAGGAUUAUCAAGCACGAUCGACAAUUGCAUCAUGAAGAUGACACGAUAGUGAAUCUUCAACAUGAGAAUCAGAAGACAAGUUCAAUCCUAGAGCAAGAGCAAGCAGUCAUCGAUAGAUUAUCCACUGUUAUUGAGGUUAUAGAGAGUCUUGCGGAGAGGUCAAACCCAGGACACCCUAACCCAGUGACCUUGAGUGACUUUGAGGACAGUUUUCAAAGACUUCGGGAGGACAUGGCUCAAGAAUGGAAAGCCUUUCAGCUUGUUGACAUCACAGUAGCACUCGUCUUCCCACUGAUCCGCACAGAGCUGCGUGAUUGGAAGCCUAUAAGUGAGACUAAGACUCAUCUGGACCUGUUCCAGACCUGGAAGGAUAUCUUAGACUGCGUAGACUGUCAGAUGAUCAUCCAGGAUCAUCCCGCCAUCACAGCUUACGAGAGAUUGGUGUGGGAGGAAUGGAUGCCGGUCGUUAGACGAGGAGUGACCGGAUGGAAUGUGCAUGACUGUGAUCCACUCAUUGAGUUCUUAGAGAACUGGCUCCCUCUCACGCCUCGUUGGAUUCUAGACAACAUUCUGGACCAACUCGUCUUCCCUAAACUACAGAGGGCGGUAGAGAGUUGGAAUCCACUAACAGAUGUCGUUCCUAUACACUCCUGGCUCCACCCAUGGUUACCGUUGUUAGGAGAGCAGCUUGCUCCUCUUUACAUCCCAAUCAGACAGAAGUUUGGUUCAGCUCUGAGAGACUGGCAUCCUAGUGAUAGCUCUGCUAAAACCAUCUUGUUACCAUGGAAACCAGUAUUCUCCAAAGGAACUAUGGAGGCCUUUGUAAUCAGGCACAUUGUUCCCAAGCUAGCUAUGUGCUUGCAGCAGUUUGUGGUCAACCCAUACCAGCAGCAUCUAGAACCCUUUGAAUGGGUGAUGGCCUGGGAAGACUUCAUGCCUCGUCCCACUCUGGUGAAAAUCUUUGAGUCCAACUUCUUACCCAAGUGGCUCCAAGUCCUGUGCUCCUGGCUCAACAACAAUCCAAACUACCAGGAGGUGGUGGCCUGGUAUAGCGGCUGGAAGAAACUCUUCCCUGAAUACCUGCAUGCAGAACCAGGCAUCAAAUCCUUUUUCAACCAAGCUUUGGAUGUAAUGAAGAGAGCAGUGAGUGGAUCAGGACCGGUCCAGGUGCCCCGCCCACCUCCACCCCCAGGGCCUCCCCCUGCAGCACCCCCUCUACCAUCACAACCAGCCAGUAAAUGGAGCAACGAGCCUGUGAUGGUGAAGAGCUCGGCCACAGGGAUCCCAACAACUUUCAAAGAUCUUGUUGAGAAAAAGGCGGCUGAGAGUGGAAUCUUGUUUGCGCCCACCCAGCGUCGUCAAGCAGGAGCGACUGUCUAUAACUUUGGCCAUCUACUAAUGUACAUUGACCGAGGAGUUUCAUAUGUCCAGCAAGGUACUGACUGGACACCAACAUCUAUCUACACUAUGAUAGACAUGGCUCUCAAAGGAUCGUGACAUCAUAAAGAUAAUGCUUGUGACAUCAUCAAGACAUUGUUUGUGACAUCAUAAAGACAUUUUUUGUGACAUCAUAAAGACAAUGCAUGUGACAUCAUAAA